AUAAAUAGGUACAUAUGUGUUUGUAGCAUUCCAGUCGGAUCAGAUAACCUCGGCGAACGAGCUUAUCCGAUGUGAGGCCCAGCAAAGGGGCACCUGUUGGAACUGGUCUGCCGUGAAGUCAAGUCCGUGUGAAAUAAUAUCACGGAUAAACCGUAAUCCUGGUCACAAUAUAUAGGGAACCUAACAAGCAGAACUCAGAUAACGAUCUAAAAUACCAGUAAGAUUUUGGAGGGAAAAUCUCAGCCGUGAAUUUGGUCAGGACAGGGGGAAGCGGUGCUACUCUCCCGUGGGACAACCCGCAUGUGGUUUUUGUCCCAAUUAUACAGACAGCACGUCAAGUCAGAUUUAUAAUAGACUGCCGGAUAUCAAGGUGCUACAGACGAUCCUGUUACCUUUUACUCGUGGCCAACUAGACUCUGUCGCUGGGAUUUUUAUUUUAUUGUGACAAAACUUUUUGGAUACUUUGUGGACCUUGCAGUUAAAGGAAGUUGUACACAGAAGAUGUGACAAUGCCGUCUGCUGAGCAAUCACUUGUGGAACGUCUGCUGAAGCAGUCAAUUCUGACCGUCUGCAAGGAGGCAGUGGCCUAUAGCCAACAACUAGAGAUUGACGGAAUCAUCUGCAUCUCCCCAGAAAACCAGGACAAACAAAUUGUGGUCAAAGUUCAUGAACUUUUUAAAAAGGCUUUUGAUGGAGAAGAAAAAAAUCGGAUUGACGAACAAGAUGAUAGUCAGACUAUCGGAAAUUCAGAAUCAUCCCUUGGCAGAAAAUCCUCUAAUGGAGAUCAAUUUAAAAAAGAGUUUGCAGAAAAUUCAAAUGAUAUUCUAGGUGAGGAUUCAAACAAGACAUUUAGCAAAUUCAGUGAUGUAAAUAGUGAGAGGAACAGUACAUUUGAGGAGAAUGAAGACUCUGAUAGUUCCCAUAGUGAUGACACCAGUAUGGAGACGGAGGGGAUGGGAGCAGAGAAUGAUGAAGAUUCGUCAAUGUCUGCCUCAGUGAUCAAAAAGCCAAUGAUGAGUAGAAUCAUAGCUCCAAAACUUUCCAAUCAGAGAGUUAAAACAACCCGCCAAAAACAGCAAACCAAUUCUAAGAAAAAUAGUACAAUAAAGAAUGAAGAGGAUGAUGUGCCUGGGUACAUUUACAAUAGUGAAGCUCCAAAAGCCGACAUAAAGCCAGUAAAAGAUGUGGAGUGCAAGCGCUGUUACCAGGUGCUCCCAGAUGGACCAUCAUUUGAGAAUCAUAACCUGAAUCAACACAAUGUCUAUACCUGCCUGGUCUGUUACAACACUUUCACUUGUCGCAAUAACAUGAAACGGCACAUGAGGCUACACACUGGUUAUAAACCGUAUCAGUGUACGCUAUGUUCAGAAAGCUUCACCAGAAAAGAUGAUAUAAAAAGACAUCUCAUCAAACACAACUACAACAAGCCCUUCAGAUGCAACCUAUGUAACAAAGGCUACAUGGAUCGAAAAACAAUCAAAAAUCACAUGAAGAAAGAACAUGCCACAAAACUGCUACACUGCUGUCCUACAUGUGGUGAGAGCUUCAAUGAUGUCAUCAAAUUUCAAAAACAUAAGAAGAGUCACCCUGAACUAAUGAUAUACCAGUGCUCGAUCUGUAACUUUUCAGGAUCAAAUCCUCUCAUGUACAACAAGCACAUGCUGGUGCAUGGGCAGGAGAAGACUUUCAAUUGUGUUCCCUGUGGGUCAGAGUUUUCGGACCCCUUCAAGUACACUAGUCAUCUGAAAAAGCAUCGUUCAGAUGAAAAUUUUGAUUCCUAUCAGUGCUGCUUUUGUUCUCAUAUGCUUUCAACAUACGACCAACUCAUCAAGCAUGAGCACACUCAUGUACAGAGCAAGAGACACACAUGCACUGUGUGCAUGAAACAAUUCCGUUAUCCUUCCAAUCUGCGUGAACAUAUGCUAAUACAUUCAGACAUGAGUCAUAAGAUCCGAAUCCACAUUAAGAAGGAGGUCAUUCCCUCCACACUUAACAAUGAAGAAGAGGAUCUGUCCAAUUCUGAAGGAAAGGCUGGAUCUGUCAAAACUGAACCAGAGAUGAAUGACAAUGAAAAGGAACAAAUCUCAAGUCAGUACUGGUGUACCGAGUGUCAAACAGGCUUUGAGUCUGAGAAUGAUCUCACUGACCACAUUUCAGUUGCACAUGAUGAAUCAGUCAGCAAGUCAGAAAACAGUGGACUGGAUAACUCUGCUGGUGAAGAAGCUAUGAAAUAUGAAGAUUCACUGAAUCAUGUAGAGGACAUGGAAAAUUCUAGCAGUGACAAUGAAGAAGAAGAUUUUAAGAUGCCAAGAAAAACUGGAAAAAAGAACUCUAAUGUUACCUUCAGUCUGUUACCUGCUCAUCUUAAAAACCUAGCUGAGAUGAAGAGCACCAAAGCUUGCUCAGACGAUGAAGAAAUUGAGUCUGAGUGCUCAAAUCAGUCUGAGCUCACAAGUGCUGAUAAUCCUAAGAGCAUAUCCCCGAGCUUUUCAGAUACAGCAAGUCCAGCGUCUAGCAUGCCUGUGUUUCCUCAGAAUGAGCAGGACAACCAUGUCAUAUUGCCAGCAUCCUCUCCGUCACCCAUUCCUGUUUCCAUGCCCUCUAACAACUUUAGCACUGUCACUCGCUCGCCAGGAUUUGAACGCGUCAUCACGCCAGAAAUUCUCUUCAAAAUGAAGGAACCAUUUAAGUGUGACAUCUGUCGUGGAACGUUUGACAACUUUGAGGCCUUUGAUAAACACUGCAACUCUAUCCAUCGAAGAUACAUUUGUGACUUUUGUGGCAAGCAAUUCACUUCAAAGCCAAAUCGAGACCGCCAUGUGCGCUACCAUACCGGAGAGAAACCUUACAAGUGCGAACUUUGUGGUCAGUCAUUUUUCCGUGGUGAUGAUUUGAAGUACCAUAGAACAACUCGCCAUUCUGAUUUCUUCACCUUCAACUGCAGCAAAUGCAGAAUGACAUUUGCAUGGGCAAAAGAUUUAGAAAAACACUUGUUGAAGUGUCAUCGUUGAAUUUUAGAAUUUGUGUCAAGUUUUUUAAUUUUUAAAUCAGAAUAUGAUAAAAAAUUUUUUCUUUUGUGCUGAACAGACUAGUUUGAAAUGAAAUUUGGCAUGUUCUAUCAACCUUUUCCUUUUAUCCUCCAAGGAGAACACUAAUGUUUUAAACUCUCUAAAAUUAUGACUAUGAAUGAAUGCAAAGCUAGGGACAGGUGAUAGCUUUUUGAAAAGUAUUCCAAAUAUAGUUGUAAAAAUUAUUUAUGGUUUUAAAUAGAAACUAAAUAACAUAGUUAAAAUUUGAGGCUAUGAAAGUAAAAUAAAUCUAAUAAUCUAUGCAACCAGGUAAUUCAUCGUCAGCCAGGUAAAUGAAUUAACCUUUUGGUGUAAACUGGAAGUACAGGUAUCUGUGAAUGAAUACUCAAGGUUGUUUGUAUUUUGUACUUUGUGUUUCUAUGCAAUUCUGUCCUUGAAUAUUGUAUGCACUGAAGAUCCAUAGCAGGAAGAAGUAGACAUGCCUAUCGAGAAAAAAAAAACAUGACAGAAAUUUAGGUGGAUUCCAGCAGAAAAAUCCCUGGGAAUUAACUCAGCUAGUUUCAGAUCCUUUUACCUUACCAAGCACAAUUUUUUUUAUUAUGAAGUCACACUACAAUAAACUGCACCUUUGCAUGGGAUUUAAAUCUGACCCAACAUUGACAUUCGGAAUUUCCAGAGUUUUUUUAUGAGAUAAAAUGAUCGGUUCUCCUGGUAUUUAGGACGUGGGUUUGAUUGUUGUGCAAAAUCACAUUUGUUGAUAAAGAGCUAAGGCAUAUUAUGCAUUAGAAAAAUAUGAAUGUAAUAACAGUUCAGUGAAUAAUAUUUUUGCAUUAAUCCCAUUUUGACUGUUGUAUAACCAGAAUUUUAAAUUUGUUUCUGAACAUGUUGCAUAAUCUUGAUUCUAACAGGAUAUAUUCCAGGUUCCUUGUGUAAGUGCCUUACAAAUGGAUAUACCUAUUUUAUGUAUACAAAUAAACUAAUAAAAUCUUA